AUGUCAGAUCAGCGUCGAUCAAGUUCUCGGAAAUGUGUUAUAAAACGUCAAUUACCUUCUAAUUCUUUGUUAGCAAUUUCAACUCAAAUAAAAAAUGAUAUUGAAACAAUAAAAAAAUCUCGUAAAAUAAAUAAUAAAAAAUUAUUUGAUACAACUGUAUUAACUACACAUCAUGAAUCUUCCGAUGUCCACAACACUUUAACUACAAAAACAGCUAAUAAACGAACUCGAUUAGAUUCUGUAGCAUCCAAUAAAUCAAAUCAAAAGAAAAAAAAAGAAAUUCUUUAUGAUGAUGAUGAUGAUGAUAUUGAAGAGAUGCCAUUAGAAAAAAAAUCUAUCGAAAAAAUAGAAAUAGAUCGAUGUGCUAUUUGUUUGGAUGAUUGCACGGAACCAAAACAACUUGAUAAAUGUAGUCAUAUAUUUUGUAGAACUUGUAUUGAUCAUUAUUUUGAAACAGUUAAACCUCAAUGCCCAUGUUGUUUUACUAUUUAUGGAGAAAUUCGAGGAAAUCAACCAGCUAGUGGUACAAUGACUAUUGAUACAUCUAAACAUCGUUUACCCGGUUUUGAACAUGAUUCACGUGGUACCAUAAGAAUAACUUAUCACUUUCCUCAUGGAGUUCAAGAUGAAAGUCAUCCUAAUCCUGGUAUGCCAUAUUACGGAACAACUCGUCAAGCUUUUUUACCUGAUAAUCGUGAUGGUCGUCAUAUACUUGAAUUAUUACAGAGAGCUUUUGAAUUGCGACAAAUUUUUACUAUCGGUCAAUCUCGAACAACAGGUUAUGAUAAUGUCAUAACAUGGAAUGAUAUUCAUCAUAAAACAAAUAUUCAUGGCGGAGUAGAAAAUUUUGGUUAUCCGGACAAAACUUAUCUUAAUCGUGAAGUGAAAUCAUCAUCAUCAUUUAUGGCCGAUCUUGAACGCGAUGAUUCAUGUGCUUUAUAUCUUCUUGAACAAAUGCCUCAUAUUCUUACAUUCAAAGAUCGUGUUAAAAUUCUUCAAAUGUUUAUUGAGCAUGAUAAAGAAAAAGAAUCUACUGAAGUCUCAUCAUUACGGCAUCAUUUAAAAAAUUAUUAUGAAAUUCGUCGAACGAAUCUAUUUGGUGAUGCUUUUCACUCAUUAAAAAGUGCAUCAUCAACAAUAUGGAAAAAUACAAUUCGUAUAAGUUUUAUCAAUCAACAAGGUCUUGCUGAGGCUGGUAUUGAUCAAAAUGGAAUAUUUAAAGAAUUCAUUCAAGAAGUCACACGACAAGCAUUUGAUCCAGCAUUUAAUCUUUUUAAAGUAACAGAAAAUCGAACAUUAUAUCCAUCACCAAUAUCUGAUCGAACAGAAAAUUAUUUGUAUCUUUUUAAUUUUAUUGGUAAAAUCUUAGGUAAAGCUGUUUAUGAACAAAUUGUUUUGGAUAUUGAAUUAGCACCAUUCUUUUUACGUCAUUUAAUAUCUCGAAAAAAUCUUAAUUAUUCAUGCUUUGAUGAUUUAAUGUUUCUUGAUAGAGACCUUUAUAAUAAUCUUAAUUUUGUUAAACAUUAUGAUGGUGAUGUAUCAUCAUUAACGUUAACAUAUUCAAUUGAUGAAGAUGUACUUGGUGAAAUGGUAACAUAUGAUAUUAUCCCCUGUGGAAGACAUAUUAAUGUAACGAAUGAUGAUAAAAUUAUUUAUAUUCAUCGAAUGUCUGUUUAUCGAACAUAUACACGUAUUAAAAAUCAAAUAAAAAUGUUUACUGAAGGAUUUAAAACAUUAAUGAAACCAGAAUGGAUUAAUAUGUUCUCUGUUCCAGAGUUACAGCAAUUAAUAUCUGGUGAAUUAUCUGAUAUUGAUCUUGAGGAUCUCAAAUCAAAUAUUGUUUAUCAAGGUGGUUAUCAUCGAACACAUCCAGUUAUUAAAUGGCUUUGGCAAACACUAGAACAAGAUUUUUCAAGAGAAGAGCGAGCACUUUUUCUUCGAUUUGUAACAAGUUCAAGUCGUGCACCACUUCUUGGAUUUCGUUCAUUGAAUCCACCAUUUACAAUCCGUUGUUUAGAAAGUUCAGAGCAUGAAGAAGAAGGUGAGUCAUUAGGAAGAAUAUUUCGUAAUAUGGUAACUAUUAAUCGAACAUCAUCGGAAAGACUUCCAUCUAGUUCAACAUGUUUUAAUUUAUUAAAAUUACCCAAUUAUAAAACACGACGAAUACUUUCGGAUAAAUUACGAUAUGCCAUUAAAGCAAAUGCCGGUUUUGAACUGUCUUAA